GGGGGUUUGCUCUCAUGACCAGACUGAUAUCUCUAUAUAUAUCAGAAAGAUGAGUAGUUUUAUAAAUUUUAUAGUUAUAAGUAAAAAUAUAUAUUGGUGAUAAUUGUCACAUCAUUGAAACAUUUAGUGAAUUUAUGUAAAAGGUUUUUAAUUGUGUGUUUUGUUGACACAAUAUGAUAUGGAUGUGAGCCUUAACUUGUUAUUAUUUGAUUAACAAUAAAGUCUCGUUUCACACAGCGGUACUUAUUUACUACCAACCAUCACAGCAGCGGACAUUUAAACGAGCCAAAUCAAUGCAUAAAUAAUAUUGAAGUUUUGUACAUAUAAAGGUAUUGCUUUGAACAAAAGACGAGCAUUCAAUCUCUUACCUGUGUUUGAGAGAUUUUUAACAAAAGGGGGAAGUAGUAGCUAUCAUGUGGUAGGGUCACCACUGACUUUUAGUUGAUUUGAGACAGAUUUAAACGAGAAGGACAACACGAUAUGAGGACUUUAAACAGGCCUUUCAACAUAUUUAUAUACACAGAUACAUAUCCGAGCAACAGUCAGACAAGUUGUCCAAAUCCUCAUCAUUUAUAAGCUGGUUAGAAAGGCAUGCUAAAUAAGUUUUGAUAUCUGUUUUAAGAUGAAGAGAAACACUUGAGAAGAUCCAUGAUGAUUAUAAGCUGGGAUUUUGUUCCUUGAAUCAUUAUAAUGUAAAUGGUAACCAAUGUUAAAAGAAAAUGAUUUGUUGAAUUUAACUUCUAGUAUAAAAUGAUGAAUUUGUAUAAUAAUUUGUGUAGAAUAAGACAUUGAUAAAAGGAUUGUCACAUCAUGCUUCCAGAAUCAGAGAAAAUGAAUGGUUCCACUGUCAAGUCAGAACCGUCUACUGAAAUAAAGGAAGAAAUAAAAGAGGAAAAUCCACCAGAACAAAACUUGACGAAAAAUCAUUCGGGUCCACCCAGUAAUAAAUUAACAAAUGGUGAAACAGAAAAUAACAACCAGAAAGGAGAAAUGAGUGCCAAUGUUAAACAGGAGAGUAGUGGGCAAGGACCUGGUACAGAUAACAGUUCGUCAAAAUUACCAAAUGAAAAUGUUCCCACUACUCAGAGCAUGCAGCAGCCUCCGUCGACAUCACAACAGCCGAUUGUGUCAUCACCGCAAGGAGCAUCUGUGUCGUCAUCUAGUAAAACUGUUAUGUCCAACACUACUUCUAUGGCUCACUCAAUGGCAAGUGAUAGUCAUUUCUUACAACAACAAAGUCAGAUAUUUGUGUUCUCAACUAGAAUGGCUAAUGAUGCAGCGGAAUUAGUGAUGGCGGGAAAAUAUAAAAAUAUUCUUAACUUUCAUACGGAUCAACCUGAAACACAGAACUUUUUACAGAAAAACAAUAUCAAGAUUACACCAAUUCAAAAUAGACCUCAAAUGCCACAAAGUAUGAUGGGAGUGCGUCCAGGAAUGGUUAAACCCCCCUUUCGACCUGGUGUGCCAGGUUAUCAGCCUAACCCAUCACGUGUAGCCGAAUGGGUACAAGAACAAGAGUCACAUAUACAAGAUCAAAACUUUAACAUGGGUGGUGGUAUGAACCCUAGAAUGCCAAAUAAUAGCAUGCGUAUGAUGCAUCCGUGGCCGUCAGGUGGUGGACCUCCACAAGGAUUUCAUGGAAAUAGUUUCAUGUUUCCAGAGGGAUUUGAACAAGAGAUGAUGUUUCAUUCUCAAAACACUAAUUUAUCACAUCAUAAAGUUCCAGAUGAAAAUUUGACUCCAGAACAAUUGAAAAAACGUGAGGAAUCUUUAACUAAUUUGCGGAAAAUUCAGCAAAUGUUAUUUCCCGAACAAAGAGGUGGUGGGCAUCCUGGGUUUGUACAUAUGCCUGGACAAGGGCCUGGUCCAGGAGGAAUGAUGCCUAAUGAAAUGAUGAUGCAGCAAGGUAUGAUGUCACCAGAGGGAAUGAUGGGUAAUCAACCAGGCAUGAUGGGACCUGAGGGAAUGAUGUCUGUAUCACAAGGUUGUCCAAUGCCAGGUGGACCACCGAAUAUGAUGAUGUCACAUAUGAGAGGCCCAGGUCCACAGGGAAUGGGACCUGGUCCACAAAAUAUGCAGAAUUUGUCACCUCCUCAACGCGAAUGGUUACGUCUGCAGCAGGAAUAUUACAUGGAUAAACGUAGGCAUCAACAGCAACAAAUUGCUCAACGAAUGGGACAUCCUAAUAUGGAAAUGUCUGGUGGCCAGCAGUGGCAGCCACCACCACCACCAUAUUCUUCUACAAUAUCCAAACGUCAUGGCUCACAUGGAAGUUUAUCUACCUCACCUAAUAACAACGGACCAAUUGGAUCACCAAUUCCAGGAUUUGAUCCAAAUGAUCCGCUGGGAGGUGUAUUUCCACCACGACAACAAAAGUCACCUUUUACUGGAAUGAAUCAUCCAGAGUUUGGUGGCAUGAACAUGGCUGGACCAACUGGAGGUCCAGGAAAUUUUGAACAAUCAUUUGGUCCACAUGGUGUACCAAUGCAUCCUGGAAUGGGACCUAUGAUGAACAGGAAGAAUUCUCAGGUGACUAUUCAAAGGGCAGGUAACCCUGAACAGUUUAUACCAGAAAUUUGUACUUCACCAAUACCAGGAUCUAAUAAACCACCACCCAGCUAUGCACAAUCACAAAAACGAAAACGUGUGGACUUGGAGGAGGAAUUGUACAAAAACUUACAACCGACUCCAUCUCCUCAACAAAUUAAUUAUAAUUUAAAUCAGUUUGAAGGACAAGAACUGACUAUUACAAAACAAUUAAAUGCAGCAUAUCGUGAGCCUAUCCCUCCAAACGACCAGUCCCAAAAUCAUUCAUCACAAAAUCAGGUUCCGCAUUCACCGAUGCAUGGGCCAGGAUCUAAUCGAGGACCCAUGUCAAACUCAAGUCAGACAUCAAGUGGACCUUUAUCAAGUCCUGGUCCAAUGCCAGGUCAAAAUCCUGUAUUUGGUGCUUCAAUGAGGCUAUCACAUUUUGAUCCUUCACCAAAUUCAAAUAUGUCAUCGAAUAAUGGGCCACAUAUGCCACCGAAUGCUGGGCCUCCACAUCUUACACCUUCAACAAAAUCCUCAUCAAUGUCAAAUAUCACGUCUGCAAGUUUAGCAAAUUUAGCCAAAGGUGUAGAACAUUUAUCGAAUCAAAUGCAACAGAACAUGAUGCAAGGGGGACCGUUUCAUAGUAUUCAGAUGCAGGGACAACAAGGAGGUGCCAAUCCUAAUUCACAAAAUAGUGCUUCAGUGACAAGUAGUGUUGAAACAAGUUCUCAAAAUCCUAGUGCUCCUAGUGUAAACAAUACGUUUGUAAAUGCAACCAUGUCAAUUCAACAGUUAAAUAUUCAAAGUGUAAAUAAUCCACAUGGACACGGAUAUAAUCCAACAAUGUCUGUUCAACAAAUGAACAUGGAACAACAACAACACUCUCAAAUGACCGCUAUGAAUAACAGUGGUGUACAUGGUCCUCAGGGUAUGCCAAGUGCACAAAGUCAAGGUAUGCCUUGUUCAAUGCCUCAGGGUAUGCCUAUGUCAUCAACAUGUCCAACAUCAUCAUCAGGGGGAAUGUCACAACAAACGCCCAUUCCUAUGGGACACCCAGGAAUGAGAAAUAACCCUCAACAAAUGGGCCAUGGUCCAGCCCACACAAGCUCAAGUGCUCCCCCAAAUAUGAUGGCUCAAGGAGGAAGAAUGAGUCCUAGUUUUGCUGCUAGCUCAAUGGGCAAUGCAAAUGUUCAAAUUCAGGCUAAAGCACCUAAUACUAUACAAUACUUACCUGCACACCCUCCAUCUAAUCAACCUGGACCGCAAGUGUCCACUAAAAGACCUGACAUUGAAUUCAUGCAAAGAUUUGCUUCUCCAAUGGGAAAUAUAGAAAAUAAAGUGCCGACAUCAAAAAUGCAAUAUUUCCCACAAGCGAAUCAACCCCAACCUGGAAUGGAAAAUUUUGGUCCAGGAAUGCAACCCAGUGGUCGAUGUUCUCCUUUCUCUGGGCCUGGUGGACCAGGUGGGCCUUGUGGACCAGGUGGUCCAAUGAACCCUGGAAUAGGUCCACAUCCAAUGCAAAGGGGUGGAACUAUGCCUCAGGAAAUGCAUCCAAAUAUGCCUGGAAGUGGUGGAAUGAAUAUGAUGAAUUCAGAAAUGCAAAGUCAACAAGAGGCUAUGAUGAUGUCAAACCAAAUGGCCUCCAUGCAGGGAGGUAUGCCCCCACAGGGCAUGAUGUCUGAACAAAUGAUGGCUAGAACUUACGGACAAAUGAGUGCUCAGGGAGCAAUGAUGAGUUCUAACAAUGGUAAUAUGAUGAGAAUGGAAGGAAUGGCAAGUAUGGCUCAUCAGAACUCUCCGCCAUUCCAAGGAGGGCGGGAAAAUAUGAUGGAAAUGAUGCAUGGUGGUCCCAUGCCAGGAAGGAAUUUUGCACCAGGCAUGGAAAGGAUGUCUGGUCAAGGUCAUGGACCUCCUAUGAAUCCUAUGGGAAAUUAUGGACCUAUGUCUAGGCAAGGUGGCAUGAGAAUGUCAGGACCUGGAAACCCAAAUAUGCCAAAUAUGAUACCAAAUGGACCUCCUGGUCAUAAUCCCGGGUACAAUGCUCAGUAUGAGCAGUUUCAGCAACAAUUGUAUUCUCAAGGUCGAUCAAGACAAAUGUCUCCAAUGGGAGGUGCAAUGAUGCCUGGUCCAGGACAGCAACAGUAUAUGAACAUGAUGCCAAAUAUGCCAUGAUCAAAUGUGUAUCAAUGCUUUAUAACUUGUUUUAUUUUCUGUCACUAUAAGCAUGACAAUAUGAGUAUGCUUCCAGUUUGCUUCAGGUUAAGUACUAACCAAAUGAACUUUUAAUUGAGAAAUUUCUAUUUUAUAUUUAAAAAGGUUUUUCUGUUUUCGAUUUGCUUUGACAAAGGAUAACAAAACAUUUAAAAUAAACAGCUAUUUCAAUACAUAGAUAUUUUAUAAUUGAGAUUUUUUUUUGAUUUUUUGGGAACAGUUUAUAAUUUGUUGAUAACAAAUGCAAUAACUUUCGAUGAAUUUAUAACUUUAAGUGAAUAUAACUGAAUUUGAUUGGAAGCAGUUAUUGUAAAAGAUUUGUCAAAGCAAUCGCUUAAAAUGUAGGUCAUAGCAGUAUUUUCUUUAGCUGGAAGCAUAAUUUGUAUUUUAUAACAAUAAGAUUUUAUGAUAUUACCACAGAACUUGAAUGUUUGAUUAUCAACUCUUUCAUUAUAUUUUCAAUCUUUGACUGGCAGCUUUUAUAGUAUUUUAAAAACAUGUAACUGUAUUUGCUUAAAUGGCAAAACAGUCUUUUUACAAGUAGUUAUUUUUUGCAUCUUAUAUCAUCGGAUUUCCAAAGUAAAACACAUUUAACAUAUCAUCAACAAAUAUGUGAUGUUUAAUACCUUUAACAUGUUUAAUGCUCGAAUCAUGUCACUAUAAACAUUAUUUGACUAUGAAGUUGUGUUUCAAUAUAUAUGAAGUUGAUAAUCAAAACCUUUUGAGCGCUGUAUAGUUCUGUUCUUAUUUUUAAGAAUUUUUAUUAUUUUUUUUUUUUAAGUUAUUUAUAAAAAUCACAUGACAACUCUAUUUAUGUAAAAAAUUAGAUCGUUAUUUAUGUUUAUAAAUUCCAUUAAACAUUAUUACCUUAAAACCUAAUGAGCAACCAAAAAAGAUUCAAUGAUAGAUAUAUAUUCUAGUUAUUAGUUGUUCAACAGUAUGUUACAAAAAUCCAUGAUAUUAUAUAAGUAGAACUUAUUUUUUUUAUUUUCUUCCUUUCUACUGUUAUAACAUUAUAUGUUAGUGUAUAAAGCCCUGCUCCUCUUUUCUACUGUUAUACAAUUUCAUUUUGGUAGUGCAGAAAGCCUUGUCCCUUUUCUAUCUUUUUGCUUCUUAUGCAACAGCAUUUACAUCUUACAAAAACAGGAAAGUCAAAGAAUUAAUUAUUUAUUGUUAGAUUUUUAUUGAAACUUGCAAAAUAAUUAUCUUUAGUUUUGCUAUAUGACCAAAGAGAAAGAUUAAUUGUGUGUGCCUAUGCAUGGCUCAGUAUUAACAAAAUGUGUCUUUCUUUAUAUCCUGUAUUUAAAUGUAAGGGACCUUAAAACACCAAAACUGUAAUAUCUGAAAUAAAAGUUAGCACAUACAGAGUACCUUUUUUACCUGAUCCAUUUUAGUUUUUUUCUUUAUGUAUGUACCUUGAAAGCCAUCUUUAACAAUUUUGAUACAAGGUAUAUUUUUGUCAUGUGACAGUAUGGUUCAAGCUAUCCCACUAAACUUACAUUUACUGGUAUAUUUUUCUAUUAUUCAUACAUAAAUACAUUAAAACAUUAUUGCUUAGUAUCAUGAAAUUGAGAAUUAUUAGCAGAAAUUUCAACUGAAGGGUUAAAUGUUUAUAUGGCUACCAAAUACUUACUUUGUUUUUGAUGUGACUAAAUAUAUUUCUUUGAACUACAAAACCAGGUAAUGACACAAUCUAUUAUAUAUUUUUCUUAAUUCAAUGGAUUGUUAAUUUUUUUGUAAUUUAGAUGUUACAUACCAAAUGGUUGUAUCUUACCAAAACAAGAUUUAUAUUUGAUUUCAUAUUACCGAAAUGCUUCUUUUCUGCUUUCAGUAUGGAAUAUGGAAUUGUUCAUUAUGAUCUCACUUAUAUAUAAAAUAUUUGGCUUUUGGUUGAGCUGUAUUCAAUUAUAUUCUUGAUAUGCAAAAUUACCUCUGAUAAAAGAACAAUGACAAAGAUUCAGUUGAAUAACAUUAAGUUGAAAUAUUUUCCAAAAAUCAUAUUUAAAUUCACUGAUCUUCCUUUUUUAGCUCACCUGGCCCGAAGGGCCAAGUGAGCUUUUCUCAUCACUUUGCGUCCGGCGUCUGUCGUCGUCCGUCGUCGUCGUCGUCCGUCGUCGUCCUGCGUUAACUUUUACAAAAAUCUUCUCCUCUGAAACUACUGGGCCAAAUUAAACCAAACUUGGCCACAAUCAUCAUUAAUGUAUCUAGUUUAAAAUUUGUGUUUUUUUACCCGGCCAACCAACCAAGAUGGCCGCCAUGGCUAUAAAUAGAACAUAGGGGUAAAAUGCAGUUUUUGGCUUAUAACUCAAAACCCAAAGCAUUUAGAGCAAAUCUGACAUGGGGUAAAAUUGUUUAUCAGGUGAAGAUCUAUCUGCCAUGAAAUUUUCAGAUGAAUCAGACAACCCGUUGUUGGGUUGCUGCCCCUGAAUUGGUAAUUUUAAGGAAAUUUUACUGUUUUUGGUCAUUAUCUUGAAUAUUAUUAUAGAUGGAGAUAAACUGUAAACAGCAAUAAUGUUCAGCAAAGUAAGAUUUACAAAUAAGUCAACAUGACCAAAUUGGUCAGUUGACCCCUUUAGGAGUUAUUGCCCUUUAUAGUCAAUUUUUAACCUUUUUUCGUAAAUUUCCAUAUCUUUUACAAAAAUCUUCUCCUCUGAAACUACUGGGCCAAAUUAAACCAAAAUUAGCAACAAUCAACAUUGAUGUAUCUAGUUUAAAAUUUGUGUUUUUUUACCCGGCCAACCAACCAAGAUGGCCGCCAUGGCUAAAAAUAGAACAUAGGGGUAAAAUGCAGUUUUUGGCUUAUAACUCAAAAACUAAAGCAUUUAGAGCA